AUGAAUGCCUGUUACUUGAUUGAUGUAAAAGAUGUUCUGUGGGCUUACAUACCAACGGAAUGUCGUUUGAGUAGCGGACUUUGUGCUAGAUAUUAUGGUAACACAGAAUCAAUCAUACUUAUACAUGAAUAUAUUGAUGAUGUGUAUGUGUUAGUUAAAACUGGGCAUGUACUAAAAUUGGAUGAGGAGUGUAGGAGAUUUGAGAAAUUCUUAAAUUUGGAUAUACCUCACCAUUUAUUGGACAAACAAUGUUUUAUGUUUCACCAAUAUAGUUUGCUUGUGGCAGUGCCAAGUGAUGAAAGCUGUGAGUCAUAUCCCUCCAAAGAACAUAAUCAGACCGUAAUUACCUGUCCUGGUUUGACAUGUGUAUUAGAACAUGGUCCAGUUUUGAUUACAGGAUAUGAAAAUGGAAUGGUAAAAAUAUUUGUCAUCAACAAAUUACUUAAGAAUGAUAUUAUACCAGCGCUGCAGUUUAGUUUGGAUACUUACAUGAGUUUACAAUCAUACAAGAUAAUUAAAAUAGAGGUCUACGAAGAUGAUGAUGGACAUCAUAUGUUUAUAGCAACUGAAGACAAUAUAUGUGAAUUGUUAAUAUCCAACUAA